GGGCGUGGCGGAAAGCACGCAUGCUAGCGCCCGCUAAUGCUCUUCAAGUUUGUGCGAAGGGCUGACUGUGGUUGAAUACAGCAGCAGCAGCGCUGUCUGACUGACUGAGCCUCGCAGGUGGAAUAUAUAGUAAAAACACCGUGUUAGUAUUCCCGGAGAUGUAACAAUUGUCUAUCAUCUGUUCUGAACCAGUGUAAACCGGAGCUGUCAUGCAAACAUAGUCGUUAGCAAGCGAGCCAGGCCGAGGAGAGCUGGCUAGUUGUAUCCUUCAUCCAGGCAGGAGCAUAAAUGUUUCACACAAGCCAGUUUACCGAGUUUGUCGACGCUGAAGACGAUGCGCAAGGACGUGAGGAUAUUAUUAGUGGGGGAGCCCAAAGUGGGGAAGACGUCUCUCAUCAUGUCCCUGGUCAGUGAGGAGUUCCCAAAUGUGGUUCCCUACCGAGCUGAGGAAAUCACCAUACCUGCAGAUGUCACACCAGAGAGAGUUCCCACACACAUUGUGGACUAUUCAGAGGCAGAGCAGACAGAUGAGCAGUUGUUUCAGGAGAUCUCCAAGGCAAAUGUGAUUUGCAUUGUCUACUCUGUCAACAACAAGAAGUCCAUAGAAAAGGUGACGAGCCACUGGAUCCCCCUCAUUACUGAGAACACAGACAAGGACAGCAGGGUUCCUCUGAUUCUGGUGGGAAACAAGUCGGACCUGGUGGAACACAGCAGCAUGGAGACCAUACUGCCCAUUAUGAACCGGCACAGUGAGAUAGAGACUUGUGUUGAGUGUUCAGCAAAGAACCUGAAGAACAUCUCAGAGCUGUUCUACUACGCCCAAAAGGCAGUUCUGCACCCCACAGGUCCUCUUUACUGUCCAGAUAAAAAAGAUAUGAAGCCACUGUGUGUCAAAGCCCUGACUCGAAUCUUCAAAGUGUCUGACCUGGACAAUGAUGGGAUUCUCAAUGAUAACGAGCUCAACUUCUUCCAGCGGACGUGCUUUAACACCCCACUAGAGUCUCAGGCAUUGGAGGAUGUAAAAAAUGUGGUGAGGAAGAAUUUGAAUGACGGAGUGUGUGACAACGGACUCACUCUGCAAGGCUUCCUCUUCCUCCACACCCUGUUCAUCCAGCGAGGGCGCCAUGAAACAACGUGGACAGUUCUGAGGAGGUUUGGGUACGACGAUGACUUGGAGUUAAAUCAGGACUAUCUCUUUCCUCCGUUGAAACUUCCUCCAGACUGCACCACAGAGCUCAACCAUAAUGCCUACCUCUUCCUCCAGAGCGUCUUUGACAAACAUGACAAGGACCGUGACUGUGCCUUGUCACCAGAGGAGAUGAGGGACCUGUUUGAUGUUUUUCCCUACAUGCCCUGGGGUCCAGAUGUCAAUAACACAGUUUGCACUAAUGACCAGGGCUGGAUCACCUACCAGGGAUAUCUCUCCCAGUGGACGUUAACAACGUAUCUGGAUGUCCAACGAUGCCUGGAGUAUUUGGGUUACCUCGGUUACUCAAUAAUUGCUGAGCAGGAGUCCCAAGCAGCAGGGAUUACAGUGACGAGAGAUAAGAAGAUUGACCUGCAGAAGAAGCAGACGCAGCGCAGCGUCUUCCGCUGUAAUGUCUUUGGAGACAUUGGCAGCGGCAAGAGCAGCUUCCUCCAAGCCUUCCUGGGAAGAAACCUCAUGUGUCAAAAAACGAUUAGAGAGGAACACCGAUCCUACUAUGCCAUCAGCACAACCUAUGUUUACGGCCAGGAGAAAUACCUUCUUCUUCAUGAAGUGUUCCCUGACUUUGACUAUCUGUCUGAUGCUGAUCUGGCCUGUGACAUUGUCUGCCUGGUCUAUGAUGUCAGCAACCCUUACUCCUUUGAAUACUGCACCAAAGUCUUCAAGCAAUACUUCAUGGACAGCAAGAUUCCAUGUAUGAUGAUAGCGGCGAAGUCAGACCUGCCAGAGAUCAAACAGAUCUACGGCUGCAGUCCUCUGGAGUUCUGUAGGCGGCACAAGAUGCCACCUCCCCAGUCCUUCACAUGUAACACUGCAGCAGCACCCAGCAGAGACAUCUACACUAAACUUACCACUAUGGCCAUGCACCCCCACGCCCGGCUGCGCUGCAUGUGCACUUGUAACCGGUGCACCUUCUGCUUGUGUCAAAACUUCCUCAACUCUGAGCUGCUGCAGACGGUCAGGGCCAAACUCUACGCUGUUGUACUCAUAAGGUUCUUUUUACCUUUUACAACCCUCUCUUUACCUCUGCUCACUUCUCAGAUUUGUCGCCAUCGUCCCCUCAAGCUCGUCCCGUUUAUUUCUCCUCAUUUUUUGCUUGCCAUCUUUGUGCCAAGUUGUAGUAUUUUAUACGAUUUCCCAGAAAUUAGAAUAGAAUAAAAGUGUAUAUCACUCACAUUUUCUACAUCAUCGUUUCCUGCCACAAUUUAUUCUUACCCCUUGUUUCAUGCUGUCAGAGUCCUUUUGAGUUUGUCAUUUUCUAUCUAAAAAACCUCACUCUUCAUUUUCUCUCUACCUUCUUUGAUAUUGCUUGUGAGCUUCCUGUACAACAGUAGGAUUAAAAGCCUUUCCUUUUCUAUUUUGAUCUCAGUCCCAUUGUCAUUCGGUUGGAGUCAACUUCCUUGUUGUCAUCUUGUUUGCUCUGUUUCUUGUCUUGUCUCAUGUCAUAUCUAUAAUCCUGCAUGUCCCUCAUCUGUUUGACUGGCUUUUUCUUCAGCAUAUUCAGUAUAACCAUGUUUCUAUAUCCCUGUUCUGUCAUUUCAUCCAUAUUUUCUUAGUUUCAUGUUAUUUAUUUUCACAUCAUCCUUCUCAGGAACACCCCGUCUCUUUACUCUUUACUGUCCUUCACUUCACCCUGUCUCUGUAUUGAUCUCUCUCUCUCUCUGGGCCUUCUUCUCUCGGU